UAUUAUGUUCCGCCCACGGACGCUCAGCGUCUCUGAGGGUGAAUGGAGGAGUGAGCUGGCCUGGACUCCGAGCUUCUACGUAGCUAUUGCUAUUUCAUAAAAUUAUACACCACAUUCCUUGUUUCAGUUGAACCGAAUUCCCACAAUUCCUCCCUCGAGUUUAAUAUUGUUUCGUUAGAUCGUUCGUUCAUUAACUCAAUGCAAUAGGCUAGGCUAGUGUCGUAGGGGUGAACUAGCAAGCUAGCGUUAGCAAACUGCAGUGCACACGAUGGCAGACAAUGCUAAUAUUGUCGACCUGAUUUUGGUAAAGCCAUUUGAAAGUCUUCCUUACGAGGAGAAACUUAGAAUUAAACAGCAGGGCAGAUCAACUCCUAAGAUUGAUAUAGUGCAUAAGAUGGGGCAAAGUAACAGGUCUUUUCAGCUCUCAUGGUAUGCGAAAGUUAGUUGGCUGACUGGAAGUGCUGUGACAAAGAAAAUGUACUGCUGGCCAUGCCUCUUGAUGAAACCAUCUCACGGAUGUGUUGUUUGGUCAAAGGUGGGGUUUGGAGAUCUGUCUAACUUUGACAGGGCAUAUAAAAGGCAUGAAAAGAGUAAUGAACAUGUGAGUGCAUGUGCAAGAUUAAGUUGCAUGGGCAAGAUCAGGGUUGAGCAUGGAAUCAAUGAAGGCGCUCGCUUUCAAGUGGGUAAACACAAUGAAACGGUCAAACAAAACAAGGCCUUUCUAAAGCGCCUUAUUGAUGUGACAUCCUUGCUUGGCCGGCAGGAGCUGUCGUUUAGGGGACAUGAUGAGAGUAGUGAAUCAUCCAACAAGGGGAAUUACAGGGAGUUCGCAGAAACAUUAGCUAAAUAUGAUUCUGUCUUGUCCGCACAAUUCGAGUCCUCAACUGUGUUUUCUGGUAUGUCCCAUACUAUUCAAAAUGACUUGAUCUUUGCACUCGCAGCCACGGUUUCUGAUGAGAUCAGAGAUGAAAUUCACGAGGCUCCCUUUUUUGGAUGGCAGGUGGAUGAAACAACUGACGUAUCCGGCCAUGCCCAACUCUCUGUCAUUGUUCGCUAUGUGGAUAGUGCAGGUCAAAUUCAGGAGCGCUUUAUUGGAUUUUUCGAUGUUUCUGGGGGUCGAGAUGCUCAGUCUGUUUUUGAUGUAUUAAAUGAAAACAUGCAGGGCUACAGUUUUAAGGAUAAACUUGUGGCACAGACGUAUGAUGGGGCUGCUGUCCUGCCUUCAGCUCUCGAUGGUCUUCAGGCCAAAGUGAAAGCAAUAGCCCCCAGUGCCAUGUUUGUGCAUUGCUAUGCACACAGACUGAAUGUGGUCUUGUCACAGGGUGCUAAAUGCUUGCCUGAGUGCAGAAUGUUUUUUGCAUCACUUUCUGGGUUUGCCACAUUUUUUUCCAAAUCCACAAAGAGGACGUCUUUUCUGGAGUCUGCAGGCUGUUCAAGCUUGCCCAGGAACGCUUCUACUCGAUGGAAUUUCACCUCACGGACAGUGAGCACUGUGGCAAACAAUUAUGAUAGUCUCCUGCAGACAUUUGAUAACAUCAUUGCAGAUGCGACAAUGGAUGAUGAUACACUGGAUUGUGCCAAAGGCUUUGUGAGAAAACUGGAUGAUUUUGAGUUUGUGUUCAUGUUGUACACAUAUGAACAAAUCUUCUCAGAGACUGAUGUGGUCUUUGAUAUUGUCCAGCAGAGGACCAUGGAUGUCCUUUACUGCACAAAAAUAAUUGAGUCUGUUCUUGCAUUUGUCAAAGAGAAGAGGUCAGAGUGGGCUUUCCAAGCUGUUUAUGCCAAAGCAGCAGAUCUCACAUCAGACCCACGAGAUGAGCCAAUGAGAAAGCGCCGUCUGAUCCAGGAUCCCCAAGAGCGCUAUAGAAAUCUGUACAUGGACAUCCUUGAUAACAUCUUGGAGCAGAUUCCUCAACGUUUUUCAAAUUUGAAAAGUAUGCUCUUCUUAAAACUGGUCAAUCCAGGGAAAUUUGACGACAUGAGACGAGUGUUUCCAGAGGAGGCAUUCCAAAGUGUCCUGAAAAGUUAUGGCCGUCACUUUGAUUCAGGGAGACUGAGGUCUGAACUUCAAGUCUUGUAUUCAGAUCAGGACUUGCAGGGCAACAGGGGAAAGCUUUACAAACUGUUCUCGUUAGUGGCAACCAUUGGAGCUACAUCUGCAGGUGUAGAAAGGAGCUUCUCCUGUUUAAAGCGGCUCCAGUCUUACACCCGUAACACGAUGGGCCAAGGCCGUUUGAGCAGCCUAGCUCUGCUGGCCAUAGAGAGGACACUGGUCAAGUCACUGGAAAAGAUGCCUAGUUGGUACGACAGGGUCACAGAGCAUUUUUAGAUUAACGAAGGGCAGAAUUUACGUCUAAAAAACUUUAACAUUUACAUUUAUGCAAUUUAGCAGACGUUUUUAUCCAAAGUGACUUCCAAGAGAGCUUUACAAAAGAGCAUAGGUCACUGAUCA